UCAUCUGUCUUACAUGGAUCAGUUUGAUCGGGAUGAACAAUUUAAUGAAUAAAAGUAGAAUUAUUAAAUUAAAUCUUAAUUUUUAAACUUUUUAAACUACUAUACAAAGUUGUUUGGAUUCAACUUAACUUAACUAAUUAUAUCCUACCCUAAUUGAAAGUGUAAAAUAUCGAAAAGUAAAAUACUAAAACAUAAGUCGGUUUACGAAUUCGAAUCCAUAGGAUAAUUAUCAAAAAUGACCGAAGUUGAACAAACAUCUCAAAACGGUAUAGAAUUAAUGGUGGAGGAAGAUGCAAACAAUAAAGCCAGGCCGGCUGACAUCGAGCAGGAUAUGCGGGAAAUGGAACGACGCAAGCGGGUAGAAGCUAUUAUGGGUUCGAAAUUAUUUCGAGAAGAAUUGGAACGUAUUGUUGACAGUCAAAUUCGAGAAGGUGGAUCGUCGGGUAUCCUUCAGCAACUGUCUGAUAUUGUUGGUAUUCCAACUUCUCGAGUUGGAAGCGGUUUUAAAAGUUCCAACUGCGUUUUACCAAUAAAUGAUAUUCGAGGUAUCGAAGCAAUGGGCUACUCGAAAGGUGAGAAAAUACUGAGGUGUAAGUUAGGAGCUACCUUUCGCCUGCUAGAUAUCUACGGUUGGACAAAAGGUUUAGGCGCUCAGAUCACUGCUCGGCUUAAGGUCGAUCAAGAACUUUUUCUGGUUAAUCCAUUUGGCCUUCUGUUCCAUGAAGUAACUGCCUCCUCGCUUAACAAAGUCGAUAUGCAAGGCAAUGUUGUAGAGCAGGGAACAACUAAUUUUGGCGUUGAUAAAAACCAUUUUAUAUUGCACUCUGUCGUCCAUGCUGCCCGCCCAGAUAUCCGUUGUGCCAUUUAUAUCGGUUGCAAUUCAGUUGUUGCUGUAUCAUCACUCAGAGUCAGUUUGUUGCCAUUGACAUAUGAUUCUGUAGUCCUCGGUGAGAUAUCCUCACAUCCUUAUACCGGUUACCUAUCAGACGCUGAAGAACGGGAAAAACUUGUUCGUAGCUUAGGUCCCGUUUCAAAAGUAUUGCUGCUUACGAAUUACGGAGCUCUUUGCUGUGGGGAAACUAUUGAAGAAGCAUUUUUCGCUGCCCAGCACAUUGUACAAGCUUGUGAGACUCAAUUGAAACUGUUACCUAUGGGUAUUGAAAACUUAGUCAUGAUUCCUGAGGAAUCCCGAAAAGCAAUCUACGAUGCAGCUCGUCGACCACCUGAAGACAUUAUUGCUGCCUUCGAAAAGAAAACGGCUCUUAUUUCAGCUGCUUCCGAAGAUGCAUCAACUGCAGAUGAAUCGCAAUUGGAAAAUAACAAAGAUACGAGCCAGAAGCUAUUGCAGCAGCCGAAAUGGCGUGUCGGAGGUGCAGAAUUUGAAGCUUUAAUGCGAAUGUUGGAUAAUGCUGGCUUUCGGACUGGUUAUAUUUAUCGCCAUCCGUUGAUUAAAUCGGAAUUGCCUAAACCAAGAAAUGAUGUUGAACUUCCACCAGCUGUAUCUUCUUUAGGUUAUUUACUUGAAGAAGAAGAACUUUAUCGUCAAGGAAUUUGGAAAAAAGGUGAAUGGCGUAAGGGAGGCGACCGAAGCCGAUGGCUCAAUUCGCCAAAUGUUUACCAAAAGGUUGAGGUCUUGGAAACUGGAACGCCCGACCCGAAGAAGAUAACAAAGUGGGUAGCUGAAGGUUCUCCAACACAUUCCACUCCAGUGAAGAUUGAAGGUGCUCUACAGUUUGUACCAACUGGGACUAAUUCGAAAGAAUUCAAAAAGGUGCAACAACAGAUUAAAGACAACCGUCGUGCAGAUAAAAUAUCCGCUGGCCCACAAUCCCAUAUUUUGGAAGGUGUUACAUGGGAUGAAGCUAAUCGCAUCAAAGAUGCAACAGUUUCUUCGGCUGGAGAUCAUGUUGUUUUAAUGGGUGCUGCAUCAAAGGGAAUUAUUCAACGUGGCUUCCAACACAACGCUACCGUUUAUAAGGCACCAUACGCUAAAAAUCCAUUCGAUAAUGUCACGGAUGAUGAACUCAACGAAUAUAAGAGAACUGUAGAAAAGAAAAAAAAUAUUCAUGGCGAAUAUACUGACACUGACUUCUCAGAGUCAGAAGCUAUUAGUUCCGUUCAAGCUUCUGGUGCACAAAAACAACCGUCUAUGAAAGCUGCCGUAUUAAGCCAAUCAGAAAAUGAAGACGCUUCAGAGCACCAAGUUAUGAGCAUAGAAACAAAGCAAGCUCCAGUCCCUAGCCAACCCGAAGUAGUAUUAAGUGAUGGCGAAAAUAUACAAAAUGGAGACCAUUCUGAAGCUCACUUGAGUACAUUUUCUCAUAGCAGUAAAGAGUUCCAGGAUAUUUCAAUAGAUGAUUCUCCGAAGAAAGACAAGAAAAAGAAAAAAGGACUCAGGACACCAUCUUUCUUGAAAAAGAAAAAGGAGAAAAAGAAGGUCGAAGCUUAAAGUUGACAUCCAUAAAGGCAUCUAUUCAUGGUUAUGAAUGCAAAAAUAUAUUUAAAAAAACACACACAUUUUUAAUAAUUAAACAUUGAUAUUAUGAUAUGACACACAAGCAAAACACCGAAUUCAAAAACGGUUGAGUACGAUAACUAAAUAUCCAAAAAAUACUAUUUGAUUUUUGUAGAACUAUAAUGGCGGGUUGGUCAAUUUUUUAAAUUAAUAUAUUUAAAAUGGAUGCAAUUAUUUUAAAACAAUACUUAUUUUUUAGGCUUAAGUCUGUUUUAUUAUGUAUGUAUUUAAUACUCUAACCUAUUCAAAAUGGAAUACUUUGAAACAUAUUUCGGAAGACAAAAGCAUUUUAUUCCUUAUAAAUUGUUAAUCCAUGACUAUUUCAUUCGAGCACUGAAGGCAAACAAAAUAAAUAGAAAAAAAAAGUUUUCGAAAAAAAUGUUCUACAAAACUAAGUUAGUAUUUACUGGACUUUUUAUCGAACUCUACCCACGAAAGAAAACAGAUUUACCAAGCCAAUUCUAAAAUGUAUUAUUUAAAACAAAGGAAAAGUAUUGAGACUAUAAUGCAACUAUGUUUUCUUAUGAAAAUUUAGUGCUAGUUAUUAUUAAAUCAACUCAAACGACAAGAUAAUAGUAAAAUCAAGAGCAAACAAAUAUGUAUGUAAAUAAUCUAUUACUCUUUAUAAGAAAAGACAUACCUUUACCUUAUACGAAAAAAGAUGUAUUUUAAAAAAUCGGACAUUUAACUAAAUCUUUUUGACUUUUUAAAUAGCAGAAGCACUAAAAAUUACAGAUUGACACGCAAUUUGAAUGAAUAAUUUUGGUACCCACACAAAAACUACACCCCACCACAUAACUUUUAAGACACGAAAUAAUAAUACAUUUACAUAUGCCAACAUAUGAACACCGAAAUAACACGUUUAGCACGAAGUGUUGUGUAGAGGAGGUUUGAUGGGCUCUUGCAUUAAAUAAUAUAAAAUUUCAUUAUUAUAAAUAUAGUAAGCCUAGAAAUGAAUUAUAAAAAAAAUACCUGUAAAGAACACUGAAUUGUGUGCUCCAAAUGCAAUUGCUUCAGUUACUUUUCAAGAAGCAUUUUUGCUUGUUGUAUUUUAUAUCUUUUUGUUUAAGUUAUCUAUAAAUUGAGUAGUCUUAUAUAAAUGUAUAAAUAUUUUUAUAUACGAAAUUCAAAUUAUUGUAUAUUUCUGUCCUUAAAAAAGAUUAUUUUAUUUUAGUAAUAACAUUUUGAAUAAUAUUUCUUUAUUUAAAAUUUAAGAAAAAUGUAUUUUGGGCAACAAAAAGUUAUGAGUUGUUGAUUUCUAUUUAAUUUAUUUUUUGUUAUUUUUAAUAUACUUCUACGAAAUAUUUUUCGAAUGA